AUGAAGAUGUACCCAACAGUUGUUUUACUAACUCUUGCCGUCCUUUGCCGUCCGUCAAUGUCUGAUCAUGACAGUGGAGAAAUAGAGUUUGGAGACAGUGAUGUCAGCUUCUUCAACCCUUACGAACACUACAGCCAAGGUAAAUUGACCGGUAGUCAGACUGGUGGUAGGACCAUUAGCCCGAAUACUGGUCAGUUCGUGGGUCAGUCUGAUGAUAAGGAAGAUUUUCAAUACGUCUACGUCAGUCCAUCCGGUGGUCAAAUGGUUGGUCAGAACACUGGUCAAUUUAAUAGUCGUACUUUAAUUAGCUCAGGUGAACAGAUACAAAAUAAACCGGCCGAUUCAGAUGACCAAUACAUCACUAUACAUCAGGCAAAUGGCCAAACCGGAUGGCAAAGUCCAAGUCAGGUGGCAGAGAAAACUGUUUAUACACCAUCAGGUUUAUUCACUAACCAGAACACUGGUCAGUUUGUUCCUCAACCCGGUGGUCAAUUUAAAAGUCACUCUGCUGGCCAAAUCAGCGUCCAGACUGUCCAACCAUUUACUCAUUCCAGCAACAUGGCUAUAGAGGUAGAAGAUGACCAUUACUUACCGUCUAGUCACAAGAGUAAUCAACAUAUCAGUACAAAUAUUGGUCAGCCAUCUGGUGUAAAAACUGACCAUUCCCAAAGUAUAACAGGCGGUAUUCUUUUAAAUGGUCAAUCUGCUAAUGAUCAAUAUGUACAGGUUGGCCAAAACAUAGGUGUUUCGAACAGCAAAGCUGUUAUUCAAAAUGACAUGCCAUACACUAUUAAGUCAAGUGGUCCGAACAACGAUAAAAAUGAUGACAAAUAUUUACCUGUUGGUCUGGCUGGGGGUCAAACAGGUACUUCCCAAGGUCAUUCUGGUCAGUCCAAAGACAACAAUUACCAGAACACUGGUAAAUAUGCGACAACAGAUCAGUCAGAUGACCAAGGUGGUGUUAAUAGUCUGUUCGUCAAUCAAAAUAUUAUACCAUAUACAAUUCAAUCAAGUGGUCAGUUAGACGAUAAAAAAUAUCAUAGCGAUGACAAAUACUUACCUAUUGGUCAAACGGCCGGUCAAAUUGGUAGUUUCAAUAGUCAAUUUGCGACACAAAAUAUGGUACCAUCUACAAUUCAAUCAAGCGGUCAUUUAAACGAUAAAAAUGAUGACACUUAUGAAAAAGGUCGGCAGUCAGGUGGUCUUUUUAAUGGUCAGAAUGUUGUGUCAUAUACAUUCCAGUCAAGUGAUCAGUCCAACGACGGCAUUGCAGGUAAUCAAUUAAGUGCCUUAAACAGUUUCUCUCCAAACCAGUAUUCAGUGCCACAUACCAUUCAGACAAGUGGUCAAUCAAGCGAGAGAGAGGAUGACCAGUUUGAAUAUACUGGUCAGCCGUUUACUCAAACGUCAGCUAUACAUAGCGACCAGGACGAUGACCGUUACCUACAGUUUCGUCAGAUGAAUGGUCAAAGGAGUAAUCAAUUCACUGGUCAGUCAUUUGUUCAGGGAGAUGGGGGUUUACUCGGUCAGCAGAUUCAUGCUACCGCACAUCUUAGUGGAAGUAGUGUGAAAGCAGGUGUCCCGACUGUUGACCAAACCCAAGAAUACUUUGCUAGCCAACCUAUUGCUGGACCGGCUGUACAGACAGACGGUCAGUUUGUAUCUGGAGCCGAUGGCAAAUACCAUAUGAAACCAAGUAGACUAUCUAUCGGCCAGUACCCUGGCCAACCUGACCGGCCGGAGUUUCUGACCCAAGAACCAGUGGAGAAAGACGUUGAUGCUGGAGGAAUGUGCAAUAACUACAAGACGAAGGGUGGCUGGGCUUACCGACCAAUUUAUGGUUCGUGUAACCAGUACCUCCAGUGUAACAGCGACAACAUGGCGUCCCUUCUGACAUGCGCAGCCGGAACCUUCUAUGAUGGCACUUCCUGUCGACAUUCAGCGGAGGUCUACUGUCCGUAUGAUCCUUGCCAGGCUCACGAGCCUGGGUUUAAAUAUACGGAUGGUCAGAGUUGCUAUGGUUACUACAAGUGUGUGAAAGGCAAGUCCCGGUACCAUACCUGUCCGGACGGGUUCUAUUUUAACUCAAACGAGCAAAUCUGUAUAUCUGACGACACCUGUCAGAAAAACAACCUCAUCCACCCAUGUUCUUACGGUACGACCUACCCCUUUCCUGGCCGUCCUGAGAUGUUCUACCUUUACGACGGAAGGGAGAUCUUCUACCCCAUGAAAUGCCCCCAGGGAUUAUGGUACCGGCCUGAUAUCUGUUCAUGUGACUGGAUUGUUCCAGGCAUAAGUAAUCACGAAGGUUGCAAACCAAUGUAUCAUUUUCAAUACAACGGUAACUUCCUUGAGGCCUAUAACAGGAUCCAGCAGGUACCUAAUACGGGUGUGGCCAUCUACCGGAAGUCAGCACUCUUUAGCGAAGGUGGACAGAUCAUGAUAUGGGCAAUGAAUAAUAUGAACCUGGAUAAGGAAUUCGCUUUCUGUUUCGAGUUUAUGGCGAAGGUGUACAAUGGCGAGGUGGCGUUGCUGUCCAAUGGAUACAAGGAUAAUGAUUUUACGUACAAAAUCACCUACAUACCCGCCCAGUCACUGGUCAAAGCCUAUAUAGAACUGGACGACGGCACAACGGCACAUCUUGUUGUCAAUGGUGUGCUUCCUCUUAAACCACAUUUCGUUCGUCUGGCAAAGUAUGGCAGUAAGAUAAAGCUACGUAUUGACAAUAUCAGGCCAACCAUGGUGAAAACACCGGCCGAGGUGCAGACCUCUAAUAGUCCCUUGGUAAUAGGAGCAGCGCAAGGGUGUACAAAUUUUGUCGGCCACUUUGAUGAGUUCAAAUUCUUUAAGUGUGUGCCGAAUGACUUCUUCAAUGAUUAUGCUGAAAAAAAGAAAUGA